GACCUACGCAUUGAUAGCCUCGAUUUCAUUUCCAAAGGUUGGCGUCUAUCUUUUGUUGAUGAAAGCAGCACUUAUGAGUAGGCCUUUGUCUGAUCAUUCCAAAGCAUGCCAGCCACUACUCGCGGGCUCACGACCGGCAAAUUGAGAGAGCAGUAAAAAUCUGAAUCAGACGUACGACGAUCAUCCUCAGAAAGAUCAAGGGACAUCCACAGCGAGCACAAAAUGUCACUGCCUGGUGCACGAGCCCAGGCUUCGCCGCUGCCACGUAAUGUGCUUGCACCCCAACGAUCAAGAAGCACACCAGGUACUCCACAAACUUCAGAAAAGACGGAAAAGGGCAGCAACAGUCCCUUCAUACAGUCACCUCAUGGUCACCCUUCCUUCAACCCCACUAAGUCCAGCGUCAAAGUGUCUGGCUCAAUAAGCAAAUCAAGUUCCGGGCAGUUUUCAAAACUCAGUAUGAUGCAGUCAGAACGUCUGCCAAAGCCACCCAAGCCCCCAGACAAGCCCUUGAUGCCGUACAUGAGAUACAGCAGAAAGGUAAUAGGAAAGGGUUUCUUCAGGGCAUCUUACAGAAAGGUAUGGGAGCAGGUAAAGGCUCAAAACCCAGACCUGAAGCUGUGGGAGAUAGGCAAGAUCAUAGGCCAAAUGUGGAGAGAUCUUUCUGAGGCAGAGAAACAAGAAUAUACCGAUGAAUAUGAGGCUGAAAAGGCAGCCUACAAUGAGGCCAUGAAAGCCUACCACAAUUCUCCUGCAUACCAGGCGUGGGUAGCUGCUAAAGGAAAAGCUGAGAGGGAGAAGGAGACUGGAGUGGAGGAAGAUGAGCCACCACCUCGCCCUGACAGAACCCCUACAUCAUCCCGUCAGACACAAAGCCAGAAACUGGAGAUGCCUCGGAUCAGCAUACAGCCAGCUGAGGAUGAUGAUGAUCCUGAUGAUGGCUUCUCAGUAAAACACAUUGCACAUGCCCGCUACUUGCGUAACCACCGACUGAUCAAUGAAAUAUUUAGUGACAGUGUGGUACCUGAUGUCCGCACAGUGGUAACAGUUGGUCGAAUGAGUGUAUUAAAGCGACAAGUGCAGUCACUCACAAUGCAUCAGAAAAAGCUGGAGGCCGAACUACACCAGAUUGAAGAGCGACAUGAAAUUAAAAAACGGAAGUUUUUGGAGUCCAGCGAGGGAUUUCAUGAGGAACUGAAAAGGCUGUGUGAAAACAAACCUCAGAUAUCAGAGGAAAUGUUCUACAACAUGAUUCAGCGUGCUCGUGAGGAUCUGAAGCAGCGCCACCUGCAGCUGGCUCAUCAGCAGGAAGAAGAGCGCCGACGCCAAGCCUGCAUAGAUGAAGAUCGUCGACGCUCAGAAGAAGGAAAGAAAACAACACCAAGCCCAGCUUUGCAGAAGACAGACUCAAUGGACUCACAAGAUUUAGGCAUGCCUCAAGUAAACCAAGUGGAAGACGAAUCUAUGGAGACUGACAGCAGACAGGAAGAGAUGAAAACAGAUGAAAAUCCUGCCAAUGAGGUUGCCAAAGAAAAAGACAGUACACAGGAGAUGAGCCCGAGUGUCCAUUGCCCUCCUCUUCAGAACAUGAAAACAGAGUGGGAUGCUCCAUCUAGUCAGGAAGAGCAAAUACCAAAGGAAGAAAGUGAAGAAAAACAAAUGGAAAAUAUGGAUGACACACCCAUGGACACCUCUGAGGCUUUGGAACUGGAACCUACCCCAUCACCACCUUCAGAAACUGAAAAGAUGCCAGAUGUUUGUCAGCCAUCCGAAGAAGCCAUUCAGACAAGAGCUGACACAGAGCCAGAGCCAGAGCCAGUUUCAUCAGAUGUGACUGAACCAGAGAUACUACAACACCCACAGUCAAAUAAAGUUUUGUCUAAUGGCCAACCGUCGGAGAUAGCCAGUAGCGUGGAAGUGCCAGACCAACAGCCCCCAUCGGAGUCCAUAGCCUGCGUGCCACCAUGCACUGAGAAUGCAGAACAUGUAACCAUUCCAGAAGCCGAACAGCCAGCCUUUACUGCAACUGAAGAAUGCUCUGAUACCGGUGAACAAGUCACCAAGGACAGCGGAAAAGAUGAUGAGACAGAAUAAGAGACAUCCCAUUGACUUCAUGUGUCAGAACAUUAAAAGAUUGUGUCCAGUCUAGAUUUGAUGGUGAUUGUGAGAGUGCAUUGAGGCUUUAUGAUGAGAAGCUGAGGAUUGAUGAUCAACAUGAAAGGCUGAAUUUGUUGUUAAUUUUUCUCUAUGAUGCUUUUUGCUUCAAAGUUACCUGGUCUGUGGCUUGCAGUAAUGAGCAGCACAUCUUGCUGUCUUGAUACAAAAAAAAUGCACCUAGAACUGUUCAGUUUCGAUUGUUUAAAAGUUUAACUGGUCUCUGCACCUAGAACUGUUCAUUGUUGGUCAUUUCAAAGCUUGCCUUGUCCCUACAUUCUUGGGUCAUCUGAUUCAUUGAUGGGGGCAAAGAUUUCCAUAUAUCGGCAAAGAUUUCCAUAUAUCGACAGGACAACAUGGUGGUGACAAUGUAUUUCACUAAUUUUUCUCUUUUAACGCAGUGCUAAUGUUUUAUAGCCCUUCUUUUGAUUUUUUCACUGUGGUGGAGAGGACCUCCUACUUGUAGGCAGACUUGCUCUUUUCAGUGUUCUGAGAAUAAUAAAUGUGUAAAAAAAAAAUGUA